UAAAGUGGUGAGGCACUACGUGCAGUUUGUAGAAGCUCGCAUUUUAGUCCCUUUAGUUUUAAUGUGUUAGUGAACGAAAGCAAAUGACACUGAACGGCUGCUUUUGAACUCGACGUAACGUUGUUUGAAGGAUAGUAAUACCACGGUCGUGAUUGCAUCGCAAGGAACACCAGUUAUGUUUCAGUUCUGCGCAUAUCUGGUGUUUUUGUCGCUCUUAAUUUGGAAGACAUCAGCCGAUUACAGAAGUUUAAUCUCGUGCAGUUUUGAGUCUGCUUGUGUGUUGAGACAGGACCGGGAAGAUGAUUUUGACUGGGCCGAAGGUCGGGGGAGAAUACAAGGUCAGGGCAUGUUUGCACCGUCUGCCGAUCAUACCUACGGUGAUUCUUUCGGGGUGUAUCUAUAUACACCGUCCGAUGCCACACGGGAGGGACAGUCGGCUAAACUGGUAUCUGAUGAACUGGCAGUGACCACCAACACAACUGUCUUAAUUGACUUCGUGUAUCAUAUGUAUGACGAGCAAGGGCAAGAUAGGUUGGGCUCCCUCAUGGUUUACAUCAACGAUGAUUUGGUAUGGUCCAGGGCUGGUAACCAAGGAUCAACAUGGAUGAGGGCGCUUGUCAACGCGACAUGCAACAGUAGAUCACUACAGGUUACAUUUGAAGGUAUUUUGGGUGGUAUGCACAGCGAUAUAGGACUGGAUGACAUAUCAAUUGGCAUCUAUGAGACAACACUACCAGAUCCUACAGUAGAGGUCACGCCGGACGUCACGCCAAGGCUCAGGCCUGCAGAUACAUGGAGAACUAUUGCCUGUGUGUCGUUAGCGCUCGUUGGAUUAAUGGCAAUAUGUGUUGCUGUUGCUGUUGUAUACAUAUUCAAAUUAAGAAAGCGACUUGGUGACGCACAGUUUAAAGGUGGAAGUGGAAGAGCGCCCUCAUCUCCACAAUGUAAUGUAGAUCUGGAGCCCUCUGGCUAUUUACCACUGAAUGCAACUAUCGACAAGACAGCAGAUAAAGCAAUCGGCUCCAAUGCACAGCAAGAUAGAUACGGAGAUCUGUAUCUCCAACCAACAGUAUCGCAACAACCAGGCAGGCAUACGGUACAUACAGAGAGACCAGAGCACAUUUUCCUCAGAUCACGUAAACUGUCUUGGAAUAAUGAAGAUAAGGAAGGUAUGGGUGAUUGCGAUUACGAGUAUAUGUGUACUGAUUAGGGAAAGGUCAUACUGAGAAUAGAAACAUUUUCAAUUUGAAUCUCUGGCUCCUGGGCGACGUUGGGAUGAGCAAACGCGAUGCUAUUUUUGUAUUCCUCCCGACCAUGAAGCCCCCAUCCCCUAUUAUCCUAGCUAUUAGUAUAACCUGCGUGAAGAUGCCGACUACAUUUGGUGUGUUCUUGCCAACGCCUAACUUGUGGAGCUGGUAACCGUGAUGUACUUCAUAGUAGGUCCUGUAUUCCAACAAGUAGUACAAGAGUGAAUUCAUAGUUGUUGGUUCCGACGAUUGAUUAACAAUUCACUGGUAGCACAGUCUAACAGUGAAACCGUUUCAACAAACCAACUAAUUAACAAGAACGAGUGCCAUAAAUCUUAAGUACAUCAUGUAACAGUGUGAUGACAAUAGAACUUGCGCCCUCUAGUGGUGGCUGCAGCGCAAUCAAAUCAUUGACGCCAUAGUUUUGUCCCGUACAUAUUUUCACGAAAUUUUGGGAAAUCCGAAACGCACGGGAACAUAAACAUAUCCCCACUCCUGCGUCCCGGGAUGUCCCGGGGUGUCCCAAAAUGCCCGGCAGUCCUGAAUCUUGACAGGGUUAAGGACUUUUUAAUGUACAAAUUAGGUUAAUAUUGAUUAGUUUUGAGACGGACGUUAAUAUCAUAAUAUCGUUAUACAUGUAAUUGUUUAUUGAUCACAUACAGAAUCUACUUAAGGAUUUUGCAAAAAUGUGAACUGACAUUUCUCUCUUACACUGUACUUAACUAGUAACUUUUCACUUGUGUUUCGAGUAAUACAUAUUAAUCAUCCGUAACAUUUGUCUAUAACAAUUAAAUAAAAAACUUUGCAUUAUGUAUUAAUUUGUUUGCCAAUACAAUGAUAUUUAUCAUGAUGAGAAGAAACCAAAACUAGCGUCAUCAAACUUACUUUACCAAAUUGUAUAGCGACGAAAGAAAUGACACAUACUGGUCAAGGGCGGAUCAAGAACACAUUUUUUUUUGGGGGGGGCCUAAAAAAAUGUUGGUCCCCAA